AUGGGCGUUGCUGAGCGGGUUACAGACCAUGUGUCACUGUCGAACCCUCCUGGCUACGGCAAAACGCUAGGAUGGGGGUCACGACCGGCUCUACUUUUGAUCGAUGUUUGCGCGGCAUAUUGGAAAACGGGAUCACCUUUGGAUCUCUCACACAAUCCUGAAGGGGCUGCAAGCCCAGAUUCCAUGAGACGACUGGUGGCUGCCGCUCGAAAAGGAGGGGUUCCCGUCGUCUGGGCUCAAGUGCGGUAUAACCAUCCAACAAUGAGAGAUGGAGGAGUCCAGGCCAAGAAGACAAAAACGAUCCUGGCAUGGCAAGACGGCGACACGCGAUCCUUAGACGCCUUGCUCCCCGGACUAGAGCCAGGGCCUGAAGAUACAGUGGUCCUCAAGCGAAACCCAUCAGCAUUCUUUGGAACCACCCUUGCGACAGAACUCCGGCUUCUCGACGUGGAUACCUUGGUCAUCGGCGGUGUCAGUACCAGUGGAUGUGUUCGUGCGUCUGCUAUGGAUGCCAUGUGCCAUGGCUUUCGACCAAUGGUGGUUGGAUCUGCCUGUGGAGACCGAUCUCCUCUUAUCCAGCAACAUAACCUGUUGGACAUACAAUCAUAUAUGGGUGACAUUGUGGACGAGGCAGAAGCCGUGAAGAGGCUGUCAUUGGGGUGGUAG